CUGAACGGGUCAAAGGUCACUCAGUUACAGGUACGCGAUAAUCAUGGCGGAGGCACUGGUGAAGCAAGCUGUAGAGUACGUUGCAAAUCAUCCAUGGCUUUUAUUAGCAGGGAUUCUUCUCUACGCCGCUUUAUUCCUUAUAUCUUCCACCUUUUUCUCCGGGCCGAGAGCGGAUAAAAAUCCGUUCGAGAUCGACGCCCGUCGACCGCCGCAGCCUCUUGUGACAGAUCAUAAAGCAAGAGAUGCAGUGUUGAAACAGGGUUUUAAACACGGCAAAGUCCCAGACAAGUUAGAUGCCAUAGUCGUAGGCAGCGGUAUAGGGGGACUUGCUGCAGCCGCCAUCUUGUCUAGGGCUGGGAAACGCGUUCUGGUACUGGAGCAACAUGACCAGGCUGGCGGCUGCUGUCACACGUACAUUGACAAGGGGUACGAGUUUGAUGUGGGUAUCCAUUACAUAGGAGAGAUGCAUGAGAAGAACCUGAUGAGGUUUAUACUGGACCAGAUGUGUGAGGGUCAGUUGCAGUGGGCCAAGCUGGACGAUACCAUUGACACAGUAGCUCUAGGAGAUGCUUCAAACCCUCGACUUGUCCCUCUAAAGGUUGGCCUCAACAAUGAUUUCCAGAAGAGUCUCCUGGCAGAGUUCCCAGAGGAGAAAGAAGCCAUUAAUAAAUUUAUGGACAUGUUGAAGCAAACUCGACUAAAUUUCCAAGGCUACAUGCAGUCCAAGGGCAUGGCAACGUGGUUGGCUAAGUUCCUGGUGAAGACUGGCCUCCUGAAGUUUACGACUAAAUAUUUCAACUACUCCCAGAAGACCCUGAGAGAUGCACUGAAUGAACUCACAGAUAACCAGGAUCUCAAGGCUGUGCUGGGGUACUGUUUUGGAGAUUAUGGUGUUGCUCCCAAAGAAGCCAGUUUUGCCAUGCAUGCCUCUCUCCUCAACCACUACCUGAAAGGUGGCUGGUAUCCAGUAGGGGGCGCCAGUGAGAUUGCCCACAGUAUCAUUCCUGUGAUCGAGAAGAGUGGUGGCAGAGUGCUGGUGAGGGCCAGGGUGACCCAGAUAUUGUGUAACGAGAAAGGAAGAGCCAGAGGAGUGAGAGUUCAUAAGAGCAGUGGUGACAUUGAUAUUACGGCACCUCUGAUCAUAUCUGACGCUGGAGUCUUUAAUACCCUUAAUACCCUACUGCCAAAGGAGGUGGCCCAGAAAUCAACUGUGUUCCCCUAUCUCCCCAAGUUAAAGAAUGGCUGGGGUGGCUUCAAUAUCUUCAUUGGCCUGAAGGGAACAAAGGAAGAACUCGGUCUGAAGCCAAGCAAUGUGUGGGCCUUCACCCAGAGUGAUCUUGAUGGAGCCUUUGAUGAGUACGUGGCCAAGCCUGCAGAAGAAGCUGCCGAGUGCGACGUCCCCUUGAUGUUCAUCUCCUUCCCAUCAACUAAAGAUCCAACUUGGGAGGAGAGAUAUCCUGGCAAGUCUACCUGUGAAGUUGUAACUCUCCUUCCCUGGGAGUGGUUCAGCAAGUGGGAAAAUGAGCGGGUGAUGAAAAGAGGGGAGGAAUAUGAAGAGUUGAAGAACAAGAUUGGACAAAGGAUGUGGGAUCGUACAGUGCAGCUCUUUCCUCAGCUGAAGGAUAAGGUGGAUUACUUUGACAUUGGCACGCCAGUCACCAAUAAGCACUACAUUGAGGCUCCACGCGGAGAGAUCUACGGACUUCAUCACGAUGUUGACAGGUUUGGGGAGGAGUUGUCCAUGACCCUGAGGCCCAACAUUGGUGUCCCAGGGCUUCUGUUGACAGGGCAAGACAUACUGAGCUGUGGUUUUGUUGGGGCCAUGGCUGGAGGAUUGUUAUGUGCAUCUGCUGCCCUGCACAGGGAUGUUUAUGAUGAUGUCUUGAAGCUGUACAAGAAAAGCCGAGGAAAGAAGUGAAUUUGGGAGGCUUUUGCCUUUAUGUCAACGCCUAUCUUUGUUGAAGGUUGUAAAACCUACCAGAAAUGUGCAGGAAAAAAAAGUGGAUUUUUAAAGUCUUCUAGAUAUUGUUUAUUUACAAAAUUGGAGUUUGUGGGAGGUAAAGGAAGACCAAGAAAACUUGGGUGAUUGCGUGUGAGCUUUAACAUGUGAGAUGCACCACCUAAUUGCUGUAACAAUAUUUUUGUUGGGUUAAACAGAACUAAAACUGUUGAAUUCCUAAGAGAUUAUAGAGUCUACAAUACUUCGAGGAGUAAAAUAUCACUUUGAACAAUUUGCAUUUAAAUAUAUUAAAGAUAUUCUUUUAUUGAAGCUCAAUAUUUGCGCAAGGCUUAGCAAAAAAUCACAAAACUUUAAUUUCAUAUAGUGUGGGAAAAUAUUUGCACAGCACUUAUACAGAAUUGUUAUAUUAAUAUGUAUUCAUCAAUAUAUGUAUAUUAUCAUAUGUUGUUGCUUUUUCUGGCGUAAAUAUGAUAAA